CGUCAGGACGCAGGUGUUGUGAAAACCACCGCUAAUUCAAAGCAAAAAUGGGAAAGGAAAAGACUCACAUCAACAUCGUCGUAAUCGGACACGUAGAUUCCGGCAAGUCCACCACAACCGGCCACCUGAUCUACAAAUGUGGUGGAAUCGACAAGCGAACCAUCGAAAAGUUUGAGAAGGAGGCUGCUGAGAUGGGAAAGGGCUCCUUCAAGUACGCCUGGGUCUUAGACAAACUGAAAGCUGAGCGUGAGCGUGGUAUCACUAUUGACAUCUCCCUGUGGAAAUUCGAGACCAGCAAAUACUAUGUGACCAUCAUUGAUGCCCCAGGACACAGAGACUUCAUCAAAAACAUGAUUACAGGCACAUCCCAGGCUGACUGUGCUGUCCUGAUUGUUGCUGCUGGUGUUGGUGAAUUUGAAGCUGGUAUCUCCAAGAACGGGCAGACCCGCGAGCAUGCUCUUCUGGCUUACACCCUGGGUGUGAAACAGCUGAUUGUUGGUGUCAACAAAAUGGAUUCCACCGAGCCACCAUACAGUCAGAAGAGAUACGAGGAAAUCGUUAAGGAAGUCAGCACCUACAUUAAGAAAAUUGGCUACAACCCUGACACAGUAGCAUUUGUGCCA